AGAGAAAUACGUUUCAGAGGUAUGUGACCUAACCUGUAAUGGGCUAGUAUUUCCUUGGCGGGUUGCAAGGUCAGACAAUCGCUUCAAUAAAAAAAACAGGACUUGUCUUUCAGGACAAGCGAACCCUCUGUGUUAAACUGGAUAACGUUAGGGCAUAGAGCAACACGGACCUCCGUGGGCCGCUAGGGAGAUGAUGAUGGAUAUCAACACUCUAGCUGUUUGACGAGACAAACUACUUUUUAAAGAUAGAUGAAUAAAUAACACGAUGACAAUGUCGCCGACAGCUGACAUGAUGAGGUCAUGACUUAUCUGUCUAGCAGUCAAGACUAAUCGCCAAAAAUGUAAUCAAAAUUCCAGUUACCACUCAAUUUUAAAAUAGUAAAGAUGCCUACUUCCCCCCUGGGUGUAAUCAGCUGGCCUCAGAAUCCGGUGAACGUGUUAGAAGGCUUGCGACGCACCGAGAGAUCGAUGCUUAGCCCCACGACCGUGGUAUCAUGACCGAAGUGAAAACAACUCCUUCCGAAGAAAAUACUUUAAAUUCAAAGGGGUAUAAACUAAUAAAAUUCAUAGGCGAAGGUGCUUACGCUAAGGUGUUUUUAACGGAAUACGCAGGAAAGGAAGACACUACCAAAGCGUUACUUGCAUGCAAAAUUAUAGAAACUUCAAAAGCUCCCAAAGAUUUCGUUGUGAAAUUUUUACCACGAGAGAUCGAUGUUCUUAUACGGUUAAACCAUCCCCACCUCAUACAUAUACACAGUAUAUUUCAGAGAAAAACAAAGUAUUACAUUUUUAUGCGAUUUAGCGAAAAUGGUGACCUUUUAGGUUACAUUCUAAAGAACGGCUGCGUAUCUGAGAAUCAGUCCCGAGUGUGGACGCGGCAGUUGGCGCUAGGGUUGCAAUAUCUCCACGAACUCGAGAUAGCACACAGGGAUAUUAAAUGCGAAAACGUUCUUUUGACUGCGAACUACAACGUCAAAUUAUCUGACUUUGGCUUUUCGCGGUUUUGUGUGGAUGAUAACGACGACCCGAUUCUGAGCGAAACGUAUUGUGGGUCGAUGUCCUACGCUGCGCCGGAGAUCCUGCGAGGCAAGCCGUACCUGCCGAAACCGACCGACCUCUGGUCGCUGGGAGUCGUGCUCUUUGUUAUGCUGAAUAAAUCAAUGCCUUUCGAUGACACGCGUAUGCGCAAGCUUUAUGAGCAGCAAAUGGGCAAGAAGUAUCGUUUUCGCUCCCGUGUCGCCAGUGUCCUGUCGCUCGAGUGCAAGACCAUAGUGAAGCAUCUUUUGGAACCGGAUGCCGGUCUCCGCUACACCGCUACUCAGAUCCUCAACUCCGAAUGGAUUGCUAUGGACAGUAGACUUACCACUUUAAAUGCCGUUGAAGCUGCAGCUUUCAAGCGAGCUAAAGAAGAACGUCGAAGGAUUUCCGACACACACAAAACUCAAGCUAAAGUCAAACAAGGAGACAUUCUUGAAGCUGGUGCUGCCAGAGGUUCUGUUUUUAGGGCAAGUGAAAUGAUAAGAUCUCUUGCGAAUAUAACUGCUAGGCAAAGUAAAUAGAUGGAGGGCAAAUCUAAGGUAACUAUUACUUUAUUUAUAUUAAAAUUGUUUCUUUC